UACAAAAAUGCUUUUCCUGUUUUAUGCACUGCUUGCUCUCAGACUUGGAUUUUGCACAGAACAAUUUAAGUUUGAGAUAAAGACCGUGACUGCUGGAGAAAAUGUGACCCUGACAUGUCCUCGUCAGACCAAUCCUCUCUACCAAGAAACAUUUUACUGGAUUCGCCUUGUGUCUGGAAACUGGCCUGAAUUUCUUGGAGCAACAUUUAACUCUGUGGACAAUGAAGCUUCAAAAAUUCCUCACAUUCAGGCAAAACAACAACCAGGGGAAUUUCUUCUUCAUGUGAAUAAAGCUCAGCGAAAUGAUACUGGACUUUACUACUGUAUCAAAGUCAGGCAACUGGACUUUAUAUUUGUUAAUGGAACUUUUGUGAAGAUUAAAGGACAGGAACCCGAUGUAACUGUUGUCCUUCAGAAGCCUCCAUCUGAUCCAGUUUAUCCAGAAAACCCAGAGACUCUACAGUGUUCGGUUCUCUCUGGCUCUGAUACAAAGACUUGUCCAGCUGAUGACCGGGUGUACUGGUUCAGAUCCGGAUCAGAUCAUUCUCAUCCCCGUUUACUUUAUCUACAAGAAACCAGUGAAGAUGACUGUGAGAAAAAUCCGGUGGUUCCCUCGACACAGAAAUGUUUCUACAACUUCUCUGAGACCUCUGAUGAUGGGACUUAUAACUGUGCUGUGGCCGCAUGUGGACAGAUAUUAUUUGGAAACGGAGAAAAACUGGGGGGUGACAAGGUACAAGGUUUCUACAAAAUAUUUCUUGCUGUAUUAUGCUCGGCUUUGGUGAUAAGUCUUCUUGUAAUAUCUUGGCUCAUUUAUAAAAUUAAGAAGACGAUGUGUGGUUGUCGCAACGAAGCUGUACCCAAUAUUGGUGAUAAAGAAAGUCAGCAGAUGGACGAGAAGACUUUGGUUUAUUCUGCACCAACAUUCAAACAGAACAAAGCAAGAAAAGGAGAAAGAAGAAAUAUAAAAACAGCGCCGGAGGACACGAUCUACACUGAUGUUAAGACACUUCGAUAGAUUUACUUUUCGCUAAAUUGAUUGAAUUGUUGUUUCCCAUUCCUAAAACUGGU